AUGAAUGUGUCCAGCACAGAAACCACCAACUCCGUUAGCCACUUUAUCCUCAUGGGCUUUCCCUCAAGCCCACAGAUGCAGCUCCUCUAUUUCGGGCUCUUCUCUGUCGUCUACACCCUGACCCUCAUGGGGAAUGCAGCCAUUGUCUGUGCAGUGAGGUGGGACCAGCGUCUUCACACUCCCAUGUACAUCUUCUUGGGCAAUUUCUCUCUCCUGGAAAUAUGUUACGUCACCACGACUGUCCCUAACAUGUUGGCCAACUUCCUGUCCACAAGCAAGUCCAUUUCCUUUGUGAACUGCUUUGCACAGUUCUACUUCUUCUUCUCUUUCGGGUGUGAUGAGGGCCUCUUCCUUUGCAUCAUGGCCUUUGACAGGUACCUUGCCAUCUGUCGCCCUCUGCAUUACCCACGCAUCAUGACGGAACAGCUGUACACGGGCCUUGCCAUCUUUGGCUGGUCAUGCGGGUUCAUCGUCUUCCUAACCCCAGUUGUUCUCAUUGCACACUUACCCUACUGUGGCCCAAAUACCAUCAACCACUUCGUGUGUGAUCCUGUCCCAUUGAUGAUGCUGUCCUGUUCUGAAGACACCAUGACGCAGUUCAUUUAUUCUACUUUCAAUGCUAUUUUUAUGGUUGGAACUUUUCUCUUUGUUCUUUGUUCCUAUGCUCUGGUGAUUGUGGCCGUGCUAAGGAUGCCCUCAGCAGCAGGCAAACGCAAGGCUUUCUCCACCUGUGCUUCUCAUCUAGCAGUGGUGAUCCUGUUUUUUGGCUCUGUUUUGGUGAUGUAUAUUAGUCCUGGAUCAGGACACUCAGUGCAAAUGCAGAAAAUUGUGACCUUGUUUUAUUCUGUGAUAACACCCCUCUGUAACCCUCUAAUUUAUAGCCUCAGGAACAAGGAAAUGAAGACUGCUCUGAGGAAAAUCUUUGGCACUGAACAUGGUAGUCAGAAAUUGUAUUGA